AUGUCAAGUUGUCCACGGACAUUCAAAGGAAACUACUGGCCUGAUGCAAGAUCCGAUAUUCAUAGUCUUGGAGUGGUAUUAUGGGAAUUAUCUAGUGGUCGACCACCAAUGACACAUCAAUCCAUCAGCAAUAGAAUGUUGGGGGAGGCAAACCAGAAAAUCGGCCAAAUAUCAAUAGUGUUUAUGAUAGACUAUGUGAAGAAUUUAAGUAUGGAAUUUUCGGGUUUUCUAUCUCUGAGUUUAAGUGCAAGUUAUUCUCAAGAUAGUGGCUUUUUGAGUGUUGAUUCUAGUUCGUAUGAUGAUACAGGCAAUAAUCCACCAAAUUAUUUAUUGGUUAACGUUAAUAAAGAAAAGAUACUAAGGACGACAAGGCAGGGUGUAAUGGAUGAAGCAUGGGAAGAAUAUGAAGAUUGUAAAUUUUAUGUUUUUUACUUAAAAUUUGUGAAAUUGGUAGACUAA